AUGACGGCACCCGACGCCUCACUCUACUCGGAGGCCGGUGCUCCCGACGGCCGGGAGGGGGCGCGCGCGGGCUCAAGGGCGGGCCGGGCGCCUCCCGGAUCCCCAGCCCGCGAGGGCCGCGGUACCCCAGGCCCCCAGCAUCCCUGCCGGGCUCUUGAAGACCAAGGAACGAGCACCGACUCGAACGGCCUUCUGCGGGCCGGGGACUGGAUCGGACGGGGAGGAUCCCUCGGUGACCGCCCGGCAGCUGGCGGCGACGGGGAGACGCGAGCGGGACUUCCCUGCACGGCCCCCACCCGCACAGGAGCGGCCCUGCCCCCUGCGUUCUAUUCCCCGCCGCGCCCACCCCUCCCAGGGGGCCGCCUACCUCACUGUUCCCACGGCUCCUCGCCCGCCCCCCAGCCCAGCUGUGGGCCCCCCACUCUCACCCCAGAGCCGGGUCUUCGCGCAGUUGUGCCCCUAAGGGCCGAGUGCGACGAUGGGCGGAGAGGUGCAGGGGAGCAGGACCCCGAGGGCAGGGGCAGCGCGGAGCCGCGCGUGAGACGCGAGUGGAAGGGCCCCGAGAUGGAGGAAGAGCUGGAGGCCCAGGGCCGGCGGGCCCCGGGGGACCUGCACCUGCACCUGCCCGGAGCCUGGGGGAACUUCCAGCCCCAGCGGAGGGGAGGGUGUCCGGGGAGCCCGCGGCUUUCUAGGGGUUUUCCGAGGACACGCAGCCGGAAGACUCGGGGCUCCGGCCAGGCGAAGGGGAGUGCACGGAGGGAGGGGUCCCCGCGGGGUCGGAGAGGUCGUGGCGAGCGGAGGGCCCGGGACCCCGUGCAGCAGUGGAGCCCGGCGGGCGUCAGCUUGGAUGACGCCGGGGGCCGCUGCGGUCGCCACUGGUCAGGAAUCCAGGAGAGCAGUGCCCCGGCCCCGCGGCUCCCCGCGCUGGAGCAUUCGGGUCCCCACUGCGCAGGCUGGUCAGGGAAUGACAAGGGUCCGGUGGCUGUGCGCUGUGUGUGGGGCUGGGCUGAUGGCCCAGUGCUGGACCAGUGGGCUAGAGUGGUAUGGUAGAGAAGAUGCUCUCCCCUCCGGGACUCCCAAAGGAUUGACAGGGAAGACAACUGGAAACUCAUGGGAUUCAGGACAGCCAAAACCAUCCUGAAAAAGUUGGAGGACUCACACUCUCUGAUUUUAAACGUCCUGCAAAACAACAGUAAUCAAAGCCAUGUGGUACUGACAUAGAGAUUGCCAAGAUCAGUGGAAUAUAAUUGAGAGUCCAGAAGUAAAUCCACACAUUUAUGGGCAAUUGAUUUUCAACAAGGGUGCCAAAAUAAUUAAAUGGAGGAAAGAAUAGUCUUUUCAACAAAUGGCACUGGGACAACGAGGAUAUCCACCUGCAAAAGAAUGAAGUUGGAGCCCUACCUCACACCAUGUGCAAAAUAACUCAAAACAGGUCUAAGACUUAGAUGUAAGAGGUAAACUAUAGAACUCUUAAAGUGCAUAGAGGUAAAUAUUUAUGAACUUGGAUUAGGCAGUGAUUUCUUGGUGUGACAUUUAAAGAAGAAGCAACAAAAUAAAUAAAACUCAUGAAUUGGACAUCAUCAAAAUUAAGAACUUUUGUGCUUCAAAGGACACCAUUUCAACCGGAGGUACUGAAAUGAAAAGACAACCCACAGAAUCAGGAAAAGUUUUUGCAAAUCAUUUGUCUGAUAAGGGACUUACAUCUACUAUAUAGAAAGAACUCUUAUCCUCAAUAAUAAAAUAACAAUCUAAUUUUAUCACAGGCAAAGGUCUGAAUAGAUAUUUCUCCAAAGGAGAUACACCAGUAGUAAAUAAGCAUAUGAGAAGAGGCUUAACAUCAUUAGCCUCAAGGAAAUGGAAAUCAAAACCACAAUGAGAUACCACUUCAUAUCCACUAGCAUGUAUAAUCAGAAAGACAGAUAAUAGCAAGUGUUGACAAGGACAUGGAGAAAUCUGAGCCAUCACACACCACUAGUAGGAAUGUAAAACGCCGCAGACCCUAUGGAAGAACUGUCUGGCAGCCCCUCAAAUGGUUAAACAUAGAGUUGUUACCACAGGACCCAGUGUUAUCAAGUCCAAGCUUGUGCCAUUCACCACAUGAUGUGCCAAUAAAUUGAGAGAUAAGAUAUUGGGGCAUUGAAAGUGACUUUAUUCCGGAAGCCAGCAGACCAAGAAGAUAGUGUUCUCAUGUCCUAAAGAACCGUCUUAUCUUAGGAUUGAUUUCAAGCUUCUAUAUUAGGGAAGUGGGGAACAGAAGGGGCUUGUGGAAAGGAGAUGAUGAUAGACUUAAGACAUCUGGACAUCAGCAAGCCUCUGGGGAGGGGGGUGACACUCCUGGUCCUUAGUCGUCUCCAGUCAUUUUGGUGACAUGGGACUGGCCAUGAUGUUCCUACAAGUCCUUGACAAUUCAGUUGUCACUUCUGUACAUACUUUAUCUCCUCAGGUAAGGAACUGAUUGCCCCAAUCUUAAGCAUGAGGAAGAUUCCUUCUGACGAUUAACAAGCAUAUGUGCAGGGCUGAGCAGAAGUUCUUAGACCCAAAGAUUAAGGUAGCAAAAGUGAUGGAUACAAUAAUGAAGGCAAAGAUGCCAAGGUUUUCACUUGGUUAUACCAGCUAUUCUACUCCUAGGUGUAUACCCAAAAGAAAUGAAAAUACAUGUUCACACAGAAAUUUGUACAUCAAUGUUCAUAGAAGUAGUAUUCAUAGUAGCUAAAAAGUGUAAAGAAGACCACUGUCUACCAACAGAUGAAUGGAUAAACAACUUGUAGUAUAUCCAUAUAAGGCAGUGCUCUUUGGCCAUAGAAAGGAGUAAAGUACAGCUGUAUGCCACAACAUAGAUUAACUUUGAAAACAGUAUGAAAGAAGCCAGACACACACAAAA